AUGGCGUUCUUCUUCACGAAAGUCGUCCGAAAUAUCAUUUUGUUGCUGUUGGUCCUGAAUGGUAUCCAGAUGUUCCUGAAAUGGAAGAGUUACAACAUACAGGCCAAAGAUUUCAAGGCUUUCAGUGUGAAAUCAGCCGGUAAGUUUAUUUUUUAUGUAUGUGUACAUUGGUUUAGAUGCGAACUCUAUAAACUCUGUCUCCAAAUUUGUCGCCGAACUUCGCCGAAAGUAUUCUCACGACAUUGACGCUUCGCCAAAAUGGAUUCCAUUCUCAGCUGGCGGACUUCAUUUGAAAGCUCAGUUUUUGUAUGGAGAUCUUACUGAGUACAUUGCAGUUUUCACCGCGAUUGGCGACUCUACUGGAAGAUCGGGUGAGUAAAAUUUUUGUUUGGUGUAAUAAAACUUUGAUUGCUUUUUCAUUUACUUUCCUUUUUAGGCAUUCAUUGGUCGAACCACUCUUGCACAGUCCUAACCGGAGAGGUUACCAGAGUCCCAGAUUCCUUCAGUUCCCCUGUGAAAGAGUCGUACAAACAAGGUCAGAACUUUCGUCAUGGUCAAUUUGAAUCCUUCGUCUACAUUCUGAAGGACCAGACUACCGUCGCUUGCUAUGGCCGCGGCUUUAUUCCCGCUUCCUCCGUUUGGUCGCUCUCCGGUUCUCUGGCUACUGGAGAUCCAUUUGCUGGUCUGAAACAGCUUUAUGUCUACGGAAAGCUAACUGUUGACAGUCUCACCAGACAUGGGUACCAUUAUUUUGACUACAUCUCAAAGAAGGCAAAGGGAGAACUUUGA